UUUUCUCUACCACCCCACAACACACUUUCUUAACGUUCUCUUCCGCCUUCAUCCAAUACAUUAUUUAUCGUAAUAUUGUUUCUUUCUUCUAGUGUCCGGCAAUGGGAAGUCGCCGGAGUUCUCUCCACUCACGCCCGCCUCCAACACUUUUCAUGCUCAUCGCCGUCGUCGUCGUUGCACUGAUAGCCGCAGCCGCCGACGGGUUUGCGCCGCGCGUGCCUUGCUACUUCAUAUUCGGGGACUCCCUCUUCGACAACGGCAACAACAACAACCUCAGCACGGUGACGAAGGUCAAUUACUCCCCUUACGGCGUCGAUUUCCCCGCCGGACCCACCGGGAGGUUCUCCAACGGCCGAACCACCGCCGAUUUAAUUGGUGAAAUGCUGGGAUUCAGAAAAUUCAUCCCGCCGUUUGCAUCGAACCCCGACGAGAGACAGAUACUCGUCGGGGUGAACUACGCAUCGGGGUCCGCCGGAAUUCUAUUCGAGAGUGGAAAACUGGGGGGUGACAACAUAGACCUGGACCAGCAAUUGAAGAAUCACGAAGUGACGGUAUCACGUAUAGCCCAGAUAUUGGGGAGCAAGCAGGCUGCCGGCGAGCACCUAGGGCAAUGCUUGUACAUAUGUAAUAUGGGCAACAACGAUUACCUCAACAACUAUAUUCUGCCCCAAUCUACCGAAAUCAGGAAUCGGUAUAACCCUGACCAAUUCGCCGCGCACCUCAUCACGCAAUACUCCGCUCAGAUUAACCGGAUGUACAAGUUGGGAGCAAGGAAGGUGGCGUUGGCCGGAGUUUCGAACAUCGGCUGCACCCCUCGUUUGAUUGCAGCCGUGGGGACUGAUGACGGCGCCACCUGUGUCGAAUCGGCAAACCAAGUAGUGGCUCCGUUCAACACCCGCCUCAGAUCGCUCGUCAGCCAGCUCAACUCGGUUUAUCAUGACGCCAAAUUCGCCUACCUGGAUAGCGUAUUGGUCGGCACUCUUGCUCUUAAAGAGUUUAGGAUAACAAGAAAGACGUGUUGCCAAGUGAGUACGGUGACCGGGCUAUGCCUUCCGAACACGAGACCCUGCACUUUCCGGCGAUCACACUUGUUCUGGGACGCCUACCACCCGACCGAUUUCGCGAACCGACUCGGUGCUCCGAUUUACUAUCCGGCCAUCCAACGGAUCCUGUGAACACAAGAGAAGAAAAGGGAAGGGGUUUGUUGUUAUACUAGAAGAGAUUGUGAGCAAAAUGCGUAUUUAAAUUAGGCAAUAAUUAAGUGGAUGCAUUAUGGUGUUGGCGAAAUCCACGUUGCAUUGCAAUUUUCUUUUUUCAAUUCUUGUAGCACAAGAAAUUAUUGUAUCAUGU